AUGCAGGCUGGGUCGGAGCGUGAGAGCACGCGCGAGGAGCAGGAGAAGGCGUUGAGGCACGUGGUGUCACUGCCGCCCAUACCGUGUGGCGAUGAGUUCACUUACGUUGACCCGUCAGAUGCUGACGUGCAGCGCGUGGCACGAGGGGCGGUGGCGAGUGAGAAUGAGAGGCAGGGCAGCGCGCUGCUGCAGAUUCCGGUGGUGGAGGCACAGGUGGUGGGUGCCGGGAUACAGAGAGUAACCCAAAUUCACCCAGGGCCUAUCCCGCGCUCCCUCGCUCUCUUUGCCCUGGAUGAAGUCAAUCGGAACAGCAGCCUCCCCUCGAAUGUGACUCUGCUGGACGUUAUUGUAGCGAGGGCGAAUGUGGUGGAGGGCGCAGGGAUCAACUACAGCGUGACUGUAACAGCAGCGGCGGCGGAUGCAGCACCUGCAGCAACGGCACCGGCAGAGCUGCUGAAGGUGGUGGUGUGGCAGGCAGUGCCCUUCACGGCUCACCGCCUGGUUGACUUCUUCCUGCUGGAUGGGGGAGACAUUGAGGGAAGUGGGAAGCAAAAGCAGGAGGGCGUGUUGCUCAUUGACUGUGCUUCCCCACCCCCGGGGCAUGUCCUCCUUGCUAACUGCACAGCUGUGCCCAAGGCUGGCUGUUCUGUAGUUGCAGUGGUGGGAGUUGUAACAUGGUUUUGGGUGCUUGUCUCCCUGGGCCUUGUGCUGCCUCUCCUGUAA